CGGCCGCCCAUUCGCCCGGCGCCUCAGGAAGGAGAGGAAGGAGGGGAAGAAAGGAGGAGGAUACAAAGUUUCCAGCGGGGAGAGAGAGAGACCUUCCCGAGCCCCGGAGCCUUCUCUCCGCGGUGUGAUGCCUCCUAAACGGCAAGGAAAAAGCAAGCUCCCCACUCCUCUUCAAGAAGGGGUAAUACUGAAAGAUACCGAAAAAAGAGAGUGGAGACUAGGGCGUAUGAUUGGCCAGGGAGGAUUUGGGCUAAUCUACCUAGCUUCCCCUCGCCUUGAUGUUCCCGUAGAAGACACUGCAGAUCAUGUCAUUAAAGUGGAAUACCUUGAAAACGGACCCUUGUUUUCUGAACUGAAAUUCUACCAGCGAGCUGCAAAACAAGAGCAUAUCAAGAAGUGGAUGAAGCUGAAACGACUGACAUUUUUAGGAAUUCCUUUCUUCUGGGGAGCUGGCCAGACUGAACAUAAUGGCAAAAGUUACAGAUUUAUGGUGAUGGAAAGGUUAGGAGAGGAUCUGCAAAGCAUCUUUGAAAGAGGAGGGCGGAAGUUCAGCAAGGGAACGGUUCUACAGAUUGGAGUCCGCAUGCUGGAUGCCUUGGAAUACAUACAUGAACAUGAAUAUGUUCAUGGGGACAUUAAAGCAGGAAAUUUGCUUUUGGGCUACAGAAAUCCACAUGAGGUUUAUCUUGCUGAUUAUGGACUCGCCUACAGAUAUUGUCCCGAUGGGAACCACAAAGAGUAUCGGGAAAAUCCUAAGAAGGGCCAUAAUGGGACCAUAGAGUUUACCAGCUUGGAUGCCCACAAGGGAGUAGCUCCAUCCAGACGAGGAGACCUUGAAAUUCUUGGCUUCUGCAUGCUCCAGUGGAUGUGUGGGAAUCUGCCCUGGGAGCGGAAUUUGAGGAACCUUGAUGCCGUCCGGGAUGCAAAAGCAAAGCUCCUGGACGAGCUCCCAGAUUCAGUGACAAGAUGGGCUCCCGUGGGAACAGAUUGUAGUGAAAUAGCCAGGUUUUUGAAAAAUGCAUCUGAUUUAGCGUACAAGGAAAAGCCCGAUUAUGAAGCACUAAAGAAAAUCUUCCUGGAUGGUCUGGAACACAAGGGAGUCUGUUGCAAUGGAGCACUGAAUUUCACAGCUGCCAAAAGACCUCUGAAUGAAUCUGCUACUAAACACAAGAAAAUGUCACCUUAACAAUUCCACAGUUGGCGGCGGGAGGACGCUUUUGAAUUCCAGCUGCUGGAAGAUGCAGGAGGGGUACAGUUCUCUUGUGUUCAGAUCCUGCUUGGAGUUCCCAUAAGCACUUGAGCUGCCAGGAUGCUAGUCUAGGUGGAAACCACUGGCCCAGUCCAGCAGACUCUUAUGUUCUUAAACUUCCGUUCACUUUGAAAGCAAUUUGCCGGGCAACAUUGGGAGAUGCUACCCGAGAGAAACAAGCCUAACCCACCAUCUUUCCUCAAUGAACUAGUUCUGUGAUAUAGAAUCAUAGAGUUGGAAGAGACCACAAGGGCCAUCCAGUCCAACCCACUGCCAAGCAGGAAACACCAUCAAAGCAUUCUUGACAUACGCCUGUCAAGCCUCUGUUUAAAGACCUCCAAAGAAAGAGACUCCACCACACUCCUUGGUAGCAAAUUCCACUGCCGAACAGCUCUUACUGUCAGGAAGUUCUUCCUAAUGUUUAGGUGGAAUCUUCUUUCUUGUAGUUUGAAUCCAUUGCUCCGUGUCCAGUUCUCUGGGGCAGCAGAAAACAUCCUUUUUCCCUCCUCUAUAUGACAUCCUUUUAUAUAUUUGAACAUGGCUAUCAUAUCACCCCUUAACCUUCUCUUCUCCAGAUCUUGAUAUGGAUCUUGUGUGUUCCAUUUCCUUAGGAAAAGCCAGGUUGUUGGUCCAGCACAAGCAGAUUUGGCUUGCUGGUGUGUAUUCAUUGUUUAUCAUAAAGUUGCGGAUUUAGGGCACCAUGACUGGUUCCCCUGCACAGGGUGCGGAGGCCAAGGGGGAGCCUUCUUGUCUCCAUCCCAAAUCCUAAUAAUCACUGGGCCUCAGGAAGGAGGCAUGAAAGCUCUGACAGGGUCCUAGAGUCCUCCUGCCUCCUUCCCAAAGCCUAGUUAGCACUUGUCCAGCUUUGGGAAGGAGAUGGGAGGGCUUUAGACCUCUGUCAGAGACCGGUACCUCCCUUAUCCGGCUUUGGAAGGCAGAACAACGGCUGGGAAGCAUCCAAUUUUGGACUCGUACAAAGGUCAUAGCACAUGCCAACAGGACACUGUGACCCAUUUUGGGGCUAGGGACUAUGAGUGUAACACAGCCAUUUUGUUUAGACAAGAAGGGCACGGUGCCAGAAGGUGAACAGUUUCUCAUUUCUCCUGGACAGGCUUUCUGUCCAAUCAGGUGAAUCAGAAUUGUAGAGUUGGAAGGGACCUUGAGGAUCAUCUAGUCUAGUCCAGCCUCCAGCAAUGCAGGAAUAUACAGGUAUCCCAUCCAGGGAUUGAACCUGCAACCUUGACGUUAUCAGGACCAGGCUCUAACCAACUGAGCUAUGCAGUGAGAACUGGCCAGGACCCCUCACACCUGCUCUGUGUCCAGCUCCUGUGCAAGCAAACAAGUAGGGGGGCAUAGAAGAAUGUUUAGAAAAAGGACUAUUCAUCCCAAUUCCAGGGUUCUGGAAAGAUUAAGUUUUCGUACAGGCUGGGUUAUGGAGAGUAUCCCCUGAAACUCUAAUAGGCCGCUGGACAAAGCAGUUCCUCCCCCCCCCUUCCAUUUCCUCCAAAAGCGCAGAAAUCUAUUACGUUUUGUAUUUAGCUUAAAACUUACCUUGGAUAUUGAUGUCAAACUAGAUGUUGCUGAACUUUGAUUGCAAGAAAAGAGAGAUCUGCAAUAGUAUUUGCUAUUUGCAAGUGCAUAACCCCAUUUAAAGUCCACGAGCGAGGAGUGUCAAUUAUCACAGCUUCUGUUCCUCAGACACAGGCAGAAGUAUUUUUAAUGGCCAAUAACAAGGUCAGGGAGAGAACUGUACUGUUUGCAGAUGACUUGAACCUCGUCCCCAUCAUCCUCUGAGUUUUUUGUGGAGAUUUCAAAUAUCCUCUUUCAUUAGCAUGAAAUGCAUACCUUGCAUCGUCUCAGAUUUUAGAGCUGUUUCUGACUCGAGGGUAUUCUAAAAUAUAGCGUGUUGUGAACCAUCGGCAAAUAGGGAAUAAAGGCAGGAAAGUCCAUUUUCUGUGAAAAGCUUCAACUGCUUUUGAGUUGGAAAAGCAUUGUACUUCACCCCCAAUUCAGUUAAUGAUUGUAUAGGUGAAAAUGGAGUAGCCAUACAGAAUACAGUGAAGGCGAUAAUCAGUUUGGAUUCUGAGGGAGGAGUGAAUAAUCUUGCAUAUAUUGCCACAUGAUCAGAUUAAAAAUGGCUCCAAAUUAGCCUGUACUGGAAGUAUUUAUCCGUUAACUGUUCAAAACUCCAACCUACAAAGCUAGAAAUCCCACCACAUCUCUGGAUGAAUGGGAGACCACAUACCUGAUCUCAAGUAGCGAUAUAAUACAUUAGGGGAAGCGGUCUAAACCACUGAGCCUCUUGGGCUUGCCGAUCAGAAGGUCGGCAGUUCAAAUCUGUGCAAUGGAGUGAGCUCCCGUUGCUCUGUCCCAGCUUCUCCCAACCCUUGCUAUUCAAAAGCACACCAGUGGAAGUAGAUAAAUAGAUACCGCUGCCGCAGGAAGGUAAAUGUCGUUUCCGUGCACUCUGACACUCGUCACGGUCCUCCGUGUGCCAGUAGCGGUUUCGUCAUGUUGGUCACUUGACCCAGAAAACUGGACAAACACCUGCUUCCUCGGCCUGAAAAACAAGAUGAGCGCUACACCCCUUAGUCACCUUUGACUGGACUUAACCGUCCAGGGGUACUUUAACAAUACCUUCUUGUUGCCAUUGACGCCUGUGCAUUAGGAAGAAGUGGUGCAAGGGCUGCUCUGUAUUCCCAGUGUGGAGCAGGCAAAGAUUGAAGGAUGCGAUUAUAGUGGCAAAAGGCACCUAGUCACUUUGGCUAUUUAGAUAUUGAAACGUCUGUUGUGAAGCAGGCUAUUCAUCUUGAUGCCAGAAGGUGUACUGAUGGAUGCAGGCACAGGUGUUUUUAAAGCGUGCAGAAGCGAGCAACCAAGAUGAUCAAGCGUCUGGAAACCAAGCUUUAUGAGGAACACUUUAAGGAGCUGGGCAUGUUUAGCCUGGGAAAAGAGCACACUGAGAGGAGGUAUGAUAGCCAUCUUCAAAUAGCUCAAGGGCUGCCACAUGGAAAAGGGAACAAGUUUGUUUUCUUCUGCUUCGGAGGGUAGGACUCAAACCAAUGGCUUCAAGUUACAAGGAAGGAGAUUCUGACUAAACAUCAGGAAGAACUUUCUGACAGUAAGAGCUGUUUGACAGUGGAACAGACUCCCUCGGGACUUGUGGACUCUCCUUCCUUGGAGGUUUUUUUGGCUGGAUGGCCAUCUUUCAUGGAUGCUUUAGUUGAAAUUCCUGCCUUGCAGGGGGUUGGACUAGAUGACCCUCAGGGUCCCUUCCAACUCUACAACUCCAUAGAAAGGGGAUUGGACAAAUUAACUUAGAGAAGGCCUGUCAGUGGUUAUUAGUCACUGUGGCUAUAGACUGUACAGGUUCAGAUGCACACCCCCUUUAUUAUCUACCCUUCAUCCGAAGCUACAAGGUAUAAUACAAGAAUUUAAAACAAAUUACAGUCACCAUCAUAGGAUGGGUCAGUUCACCUUAUAAGCCAGGUACAGGGAAGCUGUGCCCCUCCGUAUGUUGUUGGAGUACAACUCCUAGCAGCCCGGAUUAAGGACCAUGGUUGGUGAGGUUGAUGACAGGAGUUCAACAUCAUCUGCAGGGCCACAGGUUCCCUAGCUCUGCCGUAAGAUGUACAUUGCCUUAACCUGAAUAUAUAAGAAUAAAUGCAUAUCAACUAUUGCAGAUUCUUUCCUUUUGGGGGGGGGGGAGGUAAGCCUUUUCGUUGCUAUUGAAAUUUGGAAGCCUUUGCCUAUUUAUUACAAAUCACCCAGCCAUCGACCAGCAGAUCCCAGUCUGCCUUUUGCCCUCUCCUCCUGUAAAGGAAUGGACAUGGGAAAUCCACACUUCCGUUGUUGCUUGAAGAGUGCAGCUCACUCACCGUAUUGCUCAGUUCACCCUACUACAUGUCAUUGCUGCAAGUUAAAAAUAAAAUAAUCCCAGGGAGGGCAACCUAGAAAUUUGACAAACGAUAUUCUUAUCAGUGAGCCAACAUUUUUAAUGUAAAUGCAGCUUCUCGGGUGGGCAGGGGGGGCUGCAUGACCUUUCAGGGUGCCCCGAGAGCAAGUAUAUCAGCAUUAUGGGGAAGAUGAGAAAUUUGUCGCCCCAUUUAGGGCGGGUCAGAUCACCUCACUAAUGGAAUAAGUAGUGAUUAUUUUCUCAUUCCAGGCACUGACAUUAAUUAGAAUCACCACAAUAAAAACAACUUACUUAGAUAUAGUUAAUGCAAGCUUAAUUGACAGAGACUUAUUGGUUUUGCAUCCAGUAAAGGUUAAUAACAUUCAUCUAAGAGUUCUUUAAGAAUCCUUGGAACAAAUUUUCACAAUAAAUAAUGUUGCCCCUUAGGAUAGCACAAGUGCAAGCACUCUGCUCAAGAGCUCAACGAAACGACUGCCCUGUGCAGUUCCAACUCGCGCUAAAUGUUGGCGGUUCCUUGUGUUGGCAGAUUAGUGAUGCUUUUGCUAGAAGUUGCGCAGAAGCCAUUCAUUUCACACACUAGCCGCAGUCAAUGGAACAGAUUCUGUAAAGCAGGAGUAGCAGCUGCACGAGUCACUCAACUUGCACAUUUAACAGGUUGAUUUGCCAAAGCCAGUGCCAAGGCAAGUUAAAGAAGAGAAGGGAAAGGAGUUCGAAAGCAAGGACCUCUCCUAUCGUAGAAGAGCCGCUGUGGGAAUGA